AAAAAUCCAAACUAGGUUCAAUACUAUCCAUUGGUUUAAAUUUCUUAGUUAUAAAGCUAUAGGCCACGAGUUCAGCGAGGAAAACUCACUGGGUUGAGCUUCCACUAUGGAGCAACAAAGAAAACGUGCUUCAGUUCCUUUGCUUGAAUCUACUUCUUCGAUAGGAACAGCUUCAAUGGCUCAAACAGUAGGAAACAUAAUAGUCUCCGUUGUUGGGACGGGUGUGUUGGGGCUUCCUUUCGCUUUCAGAAGUGCCGGUUGGCUUGCCGGUUCGAUUGUCGUUCUCGUGGCUGGGCUCUCCAGCUGCUACUGCAUGCUCCUCCUUGUUCAAUGCAGGCGAAAGUUGGCAUCGGAAGAAGAAUCAAUAGAGAUGAAAGCCUACGGCGACUUGGGUUAUAAAUGCAUGGGAAGAACCGGCGGUUAUCUAGCAGAAUUUCUUAUUUUGAUUACCCAAGUUGGAGGUUCAGUGGCAUAUCUAGUAUUUAUAGGACAAAACCUUUCAUCGAUAUUCAAAGGCCAAGGUCUCACCUUGGGGUCUUCCAUAUUUUUGUUGGUACCAAUUGAAAUUGGCUUGUCAUGGAUAGGCAGUCUCUCAGCUCUAGCACCGUUUAGUAUCUUUGCCGAUUGUUGUAAUGUGUUAGCUAUGGCAAUUGUGGUGAAGGAUGACAUACAACAACUUGUAGGAAGUGAAUUUUCGUUUAGGGAUAGGGCGGCAAUCACAUCCAACAUAGGAGGACUAUCUUACGCAGGAGGGAUGGCGGUGUUCUGCUUUGGCGGGUUUGGUAUGACACUCGCAUUGGAAUCCUCAAUGAAAGAAAAAUCCACAUUCCCAAAAUUGCUGGCCAAGACUUUCACGGGAAUAACCCUCGUGUAUGUUUUGUUUGGAUUCUCUGGUUACAUGGCCUAUGGUGAUCAAACAAAAGAUAUCGUGAUUCUUAAUCUGCCCCAUGAUUGGUGGGCAGUAGCAGUUCAGGUUGGCCUGUGCUUGGGGCUAAUCUUCACGUUCCCAAUCAUGAUACACCCAAUAAGAGAGAUUGUGGAAGGAAGUUUAGACAAAAGCAAAUGGUUUCAGAAGCUCCUCUGCAACAGUGAUUAUUCAACCAGAAUAAGUAAGUUUGCAAUGUAUAUGAGUCGUGCAAUCUUGGUGAUCAGCUUGGCGUUCUUGGCCUCGUACGUGCCCGGGUUUGGUAUAUUUGCCUCACUUGUGGGAAGUACUCUAUGUGCACUGAUCUCAUUUGUUUUGCCAACCACAUUUCACCUGAUAUUGUUUGGUGGUUCUCUCCAUUUCUGGCAAAGAGCCUUGGAUUUUUUCAUUUUGUCAUGUGGAUUGCUUUUUGCUGCUUAUGGUACUUACAACACUGUAGUUGGGAUUUGAACUUUGAAGGGUAUUUGGACCCAUAUGUAUGAGACUGGAUGGUGGCCCUGAUUUUGAAACAGAAUAAUAAAUAUCUUCAUAUAAAGGAGAUACAUCGUACAUGGAUAGAGCCUCAAGUGCAAGUAUAUAAAGGCGAUACAUCGUACAUGGAUGGCCUUCAGUGCAAGUGAAGCUGCUCUCUCUCCAUUUUCCUAUAAAUUCUUUUUAUAUGAGAUACUAGUUAUUUAUUAUGACACACCUUCCACACUACUGAUGUAUCAUAAUCUGAUUUAUAGGUAAAUUCUAAAUUAAAUUAUUUUACAAAUCAAAUUUUGCUAACGAUCAUUAACGGUUUAGAGGCUUUCCCUUUACACUGGCUUUCCAUAUGUAAUUUUUCUAAUUAUUGUUGUAUAUUUCAACCUUGUUUGUAUGGUAUUCUUGCAUUAUGCAUCUUGGCCACAUCUUAUAAACACUAACAGUCUUCAUGUCUAUAUUUGGCAAAGGUAUAAUAAAAUCAAGGUGCCAAGCCGAGGUGGGAAUUGACAACGAGCAUGGGCAGGGUUGGUAACAGCCAAGUUAAGAGAAGCGUAAGACGACCCAUUAACAAGACGCCAUGUAUCAAACAGUUUAGCUAAUCACUCGAUAAUCUGAAGAUACCAUAGAACACUGGUAUUGGACUUUCAAAAUCUCUUUUGAACCCUGCCGUCCUCUGAUCAUUUUCCCCUUAAAAAAGGCAUCUUAAAAUGAUUGCAUUAUUGGAUAUGAUGCAUCAUUUUCAACUGAUAAGACAUAUGGAUGCUUGAGAGCUAAUGCUCUUCCCACUCAGUCACUCGCCUCGGCAUGAAAGAUCUACUCUGCUUUUACGCGUUUAGCGUAGAUUACAAAGUGCAAGUGAAAGCGAAAGGGGAAAGGGGACACUGAUUCUCAUUCCUUUUUUCACAGAAAACAGAUGAAUAAAGACCCAGAAAAAGGCAAAAUAUUUCAUGUCUCUGGCAGUCUUUCUCGGACAAAACCGAGACAAUUCCUUUUUUGUGUGGAUUCAUAGCCACAGAAUGUGUUAUUCGUAGUAUCUGUUAAAGAUGUCACUGAAAGCAAAGUAAGGAUGUGGAGGAGGGGCAGCACUUGCUGGAAAAGGCAUGAAUGCUUCUUAAAAAAAUAGAAAUAAAAAAAGACAAAAUAAAUUGGAAA